AUGCAGAUCUUGUGCGUAACCUGCGACAAUGCAUCAAAUAAUGAUGUUAUGGUUCAGGAGCUGAGUAAUAAGGCCCCGGCAUUUGGAGGGGCAACAACACAUACCUGUUGUUUUCUCCACACAGUCAAUCUUGUAGCCAAGUCUUUGAUUUGA